CGCUGCAGCCUCAGCCCCAGCAGCAGCCGCCGGUGCAGCCUCCUCUCGCCGUGGGCGGGAGCGGAGCGUGGUCCCCUCACGGGCGCAGCGCCUGCGUUCUUCCUCCCUCCGGACGAGGUAUUGUUAUUUCAAGAAAUGCUGUGACCUACUUGAAGAACAUCAUUCACAGGAACUUUUGUCUUGUGAUAAUUUUUUAAAAUUAGAAUGGCUUUGAAAAAAACACCUAAACUAUUCAAGAAAUUUUUUUUUCACUGGAAACUUUGGAAGUUUAGCAUCAUUGUGUUUGUCUUUCUGGUAUUCUUAUUUUUAUUACAAAAAGAAGUGGGUGUUCAAGAUUUUAAAGAUGAAGCAGGGAUUGAGCCAGUUGUUGGAAAGAAAAGUCAUGUGUUAGGUCUUGUGUUAAAUGCUAUGAACAAUAUCAAAGGUGCAAAGCCAAAAAUGCAAAUAAAAGCACCUGUCAGGCAAACAAAGAUUCCUGGAGAGAGACACUGUUUGCCAGGAUACUAUACUGCAGUGGAACUAAAACCCUUUCUGGAUCGACCCCUUCAAGAUCCUAAUGCACCUGGAGCUUCUGGUAAAGCAUUUAAAACCACCAACUUAAAUUCAGAAGAACAGAAAGAAAAACAGCGUGGAGAAGAAAAACACUGUUUUAAUGCGUUUGCAAGCGAUAGAAUUUCUUUACACCGAGAUCUUGGACCAGACACUCGACCUCCUGAAUGUAUUGAACAAAAGUUUAAGCGUUGCCCGCCGUUGCCAACCACAAGUAUUGUAAUAGUUUUUCAUAAUGAAGCAUGGUCCACUCUACUCCGAACUGUUCACAGUGUGAUGUACACGUCUCCUGCAGUACUGCUAAAGGAGAUUAUUUUGGUGGAUGAUGCCAGUGUAGAUGAAUACUUGCAUGAUAAGCUGGAUGAAUAUGUGAAACAAUUUCAAAUAGUUAAAGUAGUCCGUCAAAAGGAAAGAAAAGGUCUAAUCACUGCACGGUUGUUGGGAGCUUCAGUUGCAACAGGAGAGACCCUUACCUUUCUGGAUGCUCAUUGUGAAUGCUUUUAUGGCUGGUUGGAGCCUUUACUGGCAAGAAUAGCUGAGAACCCUGUAGCUGUUGUAAGCCCUGAUAUUGCUUCUAUAGAUCUCAACACUUUUGAAUUCAGUAAACCAUCUCCUUAUGGGCAUAGCCACAACAGAGGAAAUUUUGAUUGGAGUUUGUCAUUUGGAUGGGAAUCUCUUCCUAAACAUGAAAAUAAAAGAAGAAAAGAUGAAACCUAUCCAAUUAGAACACCUACUUUUGCUGGAGGUCUCUUUUCAAUAUCGAAAGCCUACUUCGAGCACAUUGGAAGCUAUGAUGAAGAAAUGGAAAUAUGGGGAGGUGAAAAUAUAGAAAUGUCUUUCAGAGUAUGGCAAUGUGGUGGACAGUUGGAGAUCAUGCCUUGCUCUGUUGUUGGCCAUGUCUUUCGCAGCAAGAGUCCUCAUACUUUCCCAAAAGGUACCCAAGUGAUCACACGUAAUCAAGUCCGCCUUGCAGAAGUGUGGAUGGAUGAAUAUAAAGAAAUAUUUUAUCGAAGAAACACAGAGGCAGCAAAAAUUGUGAAACAAAAAACAUUUGGAGACAUCUCAAAAAGACUCGAGUUAAGGCAGCGUCUGCAGUGUAAAAAUUUUACCUGGUACCUCAGUAAUAUUUAUCCAGAAGCAUAUGUGCCAGACCUGAACCCUUUAUUUUCUGGAUAUUUAAAAAAUCUAGGUAACCGCAUGUGUCUGGAUGUUGGUGAAAACAACCAUGGUGGCAAACCAUUGAUUAUGUAUUCUUGUCAUGGACUUGGAGGAAAUCAGUACUUUGAAUAUUCUGCACACCAUGAAAUUCGACAUAACAUUCAGAAGGAGCUUUGCCUGUAUGCUUCUAAAGGACCUGUGCAGCUUCGUGAAUGUAACUACAAAGGCCAGAAAACCUUUGCUGUUGGAGAAGAGCAAUGGCUGCAUCAAAAGGAUCAAACUCUGUACAAUGCAGCACUACAUAUGUGCCUUACAGGGAAUGGAGAGCAUCCAAGUUUGGCAUCCUGUAAUCCAUCAGACCCCUUCCAGAAGUGGAUCUUUGGCCAGAACAAUUAAGACUUGAUAUUUAUAUGCAGGAGGAUUUAUUUAAAGAUCCAUUCUAAACUGUGAUUCAUAUAUGUAUACUGCAUUUUCCUCUUAUUUAAGUUGGUUAAAAAAUAGGUCAUCACAGAUUCCCUAGGAGUCUGUUUUACCAAAGAUGAUGAGAUUCGAAUUAAGAAAAAUGUUUACAAUAUUUCUAGGACAAGACUUUAUAUAUUGACCACUGAUUUAUGGAUUCUGUUAGUCCUUUUUCACCCUUGGGACCAUAGGUAUAUCAUUUUUCCACGUAUUGUGACUACUUCUGAGGAAGACUAGUUUUCUCCAUAGAGUUCUGAGAAAUUGAAUACUGCUUAAAAAACAAGACACUUUAUGUAUAUUUUUAUGCUCGAUUAACAUCAUUUAUUUUUUAAUCAUCUACUCAGUGAACUUUUCUCAGUGUUUCUUAUGUUCUGUCACUUGAAAAUUAAAUAUUUCACCUUCAGGUUAAAGCCAAAUAGGCUACCACACUGUGCUCAGCUUCUAGCAAGUCAGUUCUUCAUUUGUAGAAGAUAAUAAUUCUCAAUGAAAUAUGUAUGAUUUUCUUCAUGGAGAUUUUGCUUAUUCUGAUAUUAAUCUCCUUUCGUUUAGCCAAAAUGUUUUGUAUAGGUCCUUUUUUAUUUCAUAAAGUUUAAAAUUUAUGAUGAAGCUAUAUUGUAAUAGAUUUCUGAGCUGCUUAACAUAAACACAUUUUCUCAGCAUUUUGUUUAUUAUUGAUUUUAAAUUGCAUAUUAUCUAAUAACCCCACCUUUUUCAUUUAUACAAUGUUUACCUAGGAAGUUUCCAAUAUUAUCUGUACAUAAUUUCUUGUGUAAAACCUUGCAUGUUGAUUUUUAUUUUUUUUCUUGUCGUUGUUUCCGCUUUUACAAAGGAUUGACCUCAGUUUUAUCAGUCCAAGUGAGACCUUGGCCUUUCAAAUGAAAUACUGUAUUUCUUAUAAACAUCCACAACCAGACUUCCCUAGAUAAUGGAGAGCCAUGACUUCAUAAAUAGCCUUCCUUUGAUUAAGUAUUUUAUUCAUAUUUGUUUGUCCUACUGGAUGCAUAAGUGUUAAACACCCUUCAGUUAGUCUUCCAUUGCAAUCGCCAAUCAUGCCUAUUUUCUGACUGUGGUUAUCUAAGGCCAGUAAGAGGCAACUUUUCUGCACAAGAAAUGUGCUUUUUAGGAGCUGAGAUGUACACUUUAAAAUAUCUACUCCAGGGUAGGAAGGUGAGAUUAUUGAGCAUCCCACCAUUAAAAAGCAUCAAAGGCCACAUAAGAUUAUAUUUUAGUACGGUAAGAUCUAUUUCAGAAUAAAAUUUUCUGAUUUGGAGAGGAUCUAAUUAGUUUAUGGAAAUUGUGGAGGUUUAAAAAUACCUUUAAAGUGGCCUGUAUUAUGAUAUGAGAGGAAAGUGGCUAUGACAUAAAAAUAAUGAACUUCUAGGAAGAGAAGAAAGCAGCAGAAUAAACACAAGGAAAAGACUGUUGUCUAGGAGUGCUAAUGUUAAGUAGGGAUGGGAACAUCAAUGGUAGGAAGUUAUUAAAUCUUUGCAGCUUGUUGAAAGAACUGUGUUGAACGAAUUGUGUUGAACAUCUGUAGAAUCUUCAAACAGAAUAAAAUAGGAGUUGCAUAAUAGCAACCAGCUUAAUAAUGAACUCUUUGAUAAACUCAGUCUCCAGAAAAGUGCACAUAACAGUGGAAAGUUGAGCAAUAAGAUCAAGCCUAGUUAGAUGCAGCUACUAACAGUAUUUAAGAAGAUGCUUAGUAUUUUCUUUAAGUGUUACACUUGUAAGAGGAGGGAGAUUAAGGAAGAAGUCAUGGCUGCCAAAAAUAAAAGAAAGAAAAUUCAAAUUUUUAAUUUGUCCUUUUGCCCUGGUAAAUAAAUAAGAUCAAUACAUAUAAACACUAAUAUAUCUGUAGAGUUGGGUAAGUGAAUUACCAGGUAUUGUUUUGAGUUUUUUAUUUCUAAUGGGGGAAGGGAGACUGUCUCUGAUCAAUUUAACAUCAUCUGAUUGAGUUUCUGAAGAAAAGCAAGAAGAAAUCCUUUCAGUAGUUUCAAGUCAUCUGAAAGACAAGUGAAUAAACAAGAGCCAACAAGAAUUUGUCAGAAGUAUUAACUUAAGGUUUCUCUUUUCUUGGCUUGAUAAUCAUGCCUUUGAGCCACAUCUUGGCUUCUGAGAGGCUCUUGGUGUGACACCUGUGAGAAUAUGAGGAUACAUGACUUAAAAUAACUUGCUAUGUUGUGAACAUAAGUUGCUGAAAAGGCUGUACUCGGAAAGGUUAUUCAUGCCACUGUGACACUGGAAGACUGUUUAAAUGGCCUUGCACCAAGAUCUGCCUGUGUCUGCUGAUACAUAUUUACAUAAUUCAGUAAUGGAAUACAAAGUAUUGCUACUUUUGCAGAUUGAACCAAUAUAGAAAAGGCAACAAAUGCUCCUGACAAACUGGAGAAGGAGUUGAGGAAAAACAUGAUGCAGGUCAAUGAAAGAAUUGUUCAAAUAUGGAAAGAGGAUGGGAGAUUACAGAGGUAGCAGCUGUGCUGUGUUGACCCCCAGGUAUGAAAUGGAAACAGAGUUUUUAAGGAACUGUUCUACAAAACAAGGUAUUUAGCAUACCUGUUUAGAAUAGCUUGAGUUCCUUUAAUUUCUAGUUUGCUUUAUAUACAAAUGUAUUAUGUCAUUUUUAAGUAUAAUUUCUUCUGCCAAACUUGUCGGGUUGGAAUUUGCAUACAUGAAAUAUCAUUCAUCUGCUCAUUACCAGGUUGUCUGUUUUUUUUGGGUUUUGUCCAUUUUUUUUUUUAGAGGUAC